CGGGGCUCCGGGGGAUGCUGAGGUCUCCUCUGCCGGCGGCUGCAGCUUCUCACACAGCCUCUCAUGUUUCGUUCCCUCUUUUCUUCUUCUUUUUAACUAGCGCGCGGGGAGGUGCUGCCACCGCGCGCCCCUUGACGUCACCGCCUCUUGCGCGCCUCCGCCCGGGCGGGGGGCGGGGAGGGGCGGCCCCGGCCCCGCGGCCUCCGGGUGCGCGGAGAGGGCGGGGGGCCGCGGCGGAGGUGGGGUGGGGGGCCCCGGCAGAGCUCCGGGAGCCAGCCUCCAGGGCGCGGAACCUAGCGCACCCGCCGACGCCGGAGCUCGAGGUGGGGGCGCCCCCGGCCCAGCCCGAUCCUCCGAUCCGGGGGCUCGAUCGCGGCCCCGAGAGUCCCCGCCGGCUCCUUUCUCCGGGCCGCGGCCCCACCGCGCGACCCCGGGCGAAGGCGGCCGAGCCGGGGCUCCGAGAGACAGUGAAGGGAAAUUGCAAAGUUCACCUAUAGUCAGAUUGACAGCAUAAUUGUCUAGGAAUCAAGAAUCAACACUGGUUAUUUUCUAAGAUUAAACCUUGAAAGCCCACUUGGAGGCUGCACAGCCUUCUGCACACUUGAACAUGAAGAAUGGCCUUCUUCAGCUAAAUGAUCAGAAGUGGAGAGAAGAAGAAGAAGGGACCCCCUACCCGGCCAGACUCCUCCAGACAAAUUAAAUCGGUCUUUGUAAAAAGCAAGCUGCAUGAGGAUGGCCAGAUCACGAUGUUCUGCUCGCACCAGCACUGAGCAGCCCCAGCCAGGACUGCCUGCCACCUGUAUGCAGGUGGUGCCGUGAACAAGGGUACCUGGCUGAGGCAGCCAAUGGGAGCUGACAUCCUGCUGAGCUCCACUCACCAAGCAGACUGGACUGGUGCAUGGCCCAGACAAUGCGGCUCCUUCAGAUUUGCACCAAGGCACCCUGUACGGGAUAGGAACAACUAGGACCAUCCCACCCCAUACACCAGUCCUAGCCAGGAUUAUAUUCCUGACUUCAGAUAGCUUAAAGGGUCAUGAACAUUUUAGGAUUAUUGUAAAAGAUGAAAUAUUUGAUUCAAUUGAAUACAUAAAGCUCCAAAUAGUACCAUGUAUAUGAAUUAUGUGUGAAAUUUCUAUGUAUCAGAGGUUAGCACAACUUAAAUUUGGUAAAUGUUUAAAAUAAAAUUACUUGGGUUAUUGCAA